AUGGGUAAUUACGCUUACGUUCGAAUUGCCCAAACAAAUAGUGAUAUUGUCGACUACGACGAAUCCGUAGGACUAAUGAAAGGUUAUUAUCGUUCGGCUCCGGAAGCGUACGCUAGAUUAAACAAGUGGCGAAUAAUUAGAUCAUCGCACACAGUAUAUCGACUUAACGUUCAUAUGCCCGGAGAAGGACCUUUAUAUUAUAGACGUGGUAACGAAGAAAUAAUUGCCGCACAAGUCUUGGACAAUAAUACCAAACUGUCCCAAUUGGAAAUGUUUUUCUUGCAAUGUUUAGAAGAAUCUCAACAUGAAAUAAACGAAAUGCGAAACUUAACGUUUCCUCAAUUACCGGAAACUUAUUGGUUUAACAAAAAAACGAAUCGUUGGACAAAACGAAAAAAAAUGGUAAACGUAAUAGGUCGUUUAUAUCCGGUUCCACCCAAUCAAACAGAAAAAUUUGCAAUAUAUCAACUUUUACUGUGUCGUAAAGGUCCAACAGGAUGGGAUAAUUUACGCACUCCAACAAAUUACGUAGAACCAUGCGAAACCUUUGUAGAUUGCGCAAAAAUAAUGGGUUUACUGAACGACAUAGAAACUUGGCGCAGAACACUUUUUGAAGCUAGUAAUGUUGGUUAUCCGAAAAUGAUGCGCAAUUUAUUCGCACAAAUAUUAGUAUGGGGACACGUAUCCGAUCCAUUAGCACUUUGGAACGAAUUCCUCCCAUUUAUGUACGAUACUCGUAAUUUGCGCGAUAACGAUGAUGCAGAAAAAUCGAGAAGAAUAAACAUUGCCCUUUGUUCUUUGAAUCGUAUUUUAAGUCACAAUUGGAAAACGAAUAAAGAUUUUAAUAUUCCCAUGCCCGAAAAUUACGAACAAAUCUGUGACGAUGAAAGAGAAUUCUUUUUUGGCGAAACUGAUAUCUUCGAUCGAGAUGACGAUACAAACGAAUUACCAUCGCAAGCUCCCAAUGAAUAUAUUGAAGAUGAAAACAUUAGCAAUUACGUAAAUUUGCCGAUUUACUUAAAACUAAACGUAGAACAAAAAAUCGUUGUCGAUUUAAUAAUAAAAGCUGUAGAAUCUACGCCAGAUGAUAAACUAAAUUCCACGCCUAGGCUGAUUUUCCUAAAUGGGGCCGGCGGCACAGGAAAGACUUUUGUCUAUAAAACUAUCAUAGAUAUAUUCUUUAGGUAUAAAAAGUAUGCCAUUGUUACAGCGUCAACUGGCGCGGCCGCACAACUUUUACCUCGCGGUAUGACCGUUCAUAACGCUUUUCAUUUGCCCACUGACGUUUCGAAAGGGACAGAUUACGUACCACCCAUACGGUGGAAUGACGUUAUAACCCAAAGAAUAAGAAAAACGCAGUUAAUAAUCAUAGACGAAAUUAGCAUGCUACAUCGAAAAUAUCUUAAUAUGAUAAACGAGGCGUGCAAACAUGCUGCACAUAUAAAUCUUUCAAAGCUUCUUUUCGGUGGUAAGAUCGUUUUAUUAGGAGGGGAUUGGCAACUGCUCUUACCAGUAGUACAAUUUGCAGAUAUAAACGAGCAGAUUAAAAGUUCCAUAAAAAAUUCCGAACUGUUCGCCGCAUUUCACAAAAUAACGUUAAUUAGAAAUAUGCGAGUAAAUGAAAACGAAAUAGAAUUUAAUCAAAUAUUAGAACGUAUAGGCAAAGAUACAGACGGUACUGGAGAAUUCCAAGUCCCCGCAGAUAUGUUGAUAGAAAGUGAAGACGAACUUAUAAAAUUUGUUUUCGAAAACAACGAAGCCUUGCUUAGAAACGACGCCGUGGAAAAAUUGCUUUUAAGUGCCAGACGCGCAGACGUUAGAAAAUUAAAUUCAAAAAUUUUAAAUAUGCUUCCCGGAGAAGAAAAAGUAUAUUUAUCUGCAGAUAAAUCGCUCGUAGACAAUCCGGCAUUGGACGUAUAUGCGGCCAUUAACGACGUGUCUUCGCUACACGAAGAAAAUCCAACAAAUUUUCCUCCUCAUAAACUAGUAUUAAAGGAAAAUGCGAUAGUAGUUUUAUUAAGAAACAUAGACGUAAGACAAGGAUUAUCAAACGGUACACGUUUAAUCGUAACACGUUUAGGUGAACACCUGCUACAUUGUAAAAUAGCAAUAGGACCGCAUCGAGGAAAGACUUGCGUUUUGGCAGUAUUAAAAUUCGUAUAUGAAGAUGAUCGCCUCGACGGAACAGGAUUGCAUUUUCAACGAAUGCAAUUUCCAGUAGAAUUGGCUUACGCUAUGACCAUAAACAAAGCACAAGGACAAACAGUCGCCAAAGUUGGUUUAUAUCUAAACACUCCAUUAUUUAGUCACGGUCAAUUAUACGUAGCCAUGAGUAGAGUCAGAAAAAAAUCAGACAUUAAAAUUUAUUUACCACCAAAUGAGAAAAAACCGCACAAGGUUAAAAACAUCGUCGCUAAAGAAAUAUUUAGAUAA